AUGUCCCUGCAGGGCGAAGAUGGGUUCCUCAUCACCACGCCCGGCGCUUGCCUGACGGAUGAGCAAAUCGACGACAUAUGCCUGAAGUCGAAAGAGGUGUGGGAGAAGCAGGCCGCGGCUCGAUCGCAGCAGAACCCGGACAAGCCGCUGAAGCGACCACUGCAUCAGCCCGUGCUGAUCUCGCAAGGGGACUGGAGAGGGAUCGCAACGGCGGGGUAA